AUGAAGGUAUCUACCAUCCCUUUACCCUCUCCAUUAAGUCUCUGGACAACCGUACGCGGGGUUGGCCCGUUCAAUGUCGCUUGUUCACUUGCUGCAUUAUGGGCUUUCGGCAAAGUCUUAAGGGCGCUUCGCUGGCGAUUGAAGACAACUCAACUGCGGGGUCCCCCCCGCACCAGCUUCAUAUAUGGCGUUUCGCACGACCUCGCCUCAUCCCAAGAUAGUGGUGAAAUGUACGAACGCUGGGCGACAGAAUAUGGGGUGGCGUAUAUGAUUCCGAGUGUCCUCGGACAGACUAGAAUUGUGCUGUGCGACCCGAGAGCUAUAGCACAUUUCUACGCCCGAGAGACAUGGACAUAUGUGCAGACGCCCCUUUCAUUGACACUUCUGGAGGCAUCAAUGGGCCGAGGGCUAUUAUGGUCUCAGGGUGAAGACCACAAGAGGCAGCGGAAGGCCCUCACGCCAGGUUUCAGUAAUGCAGCGAUUCGAAAACUCACAUCAGUGUUUUAUGAUUCAGCAUACAAAGCCAAAGGUGCAUGGGAUACUGCUAUAGAAUCGAGCAAAGAUGGCGACGCCGUCAUCGAAGUUCAGAAUUGGAUGAGUCAUAUAUCUCUGGAUACAGUUGGCAUUGCUGGUUUCUCUCAUGAUUUUGGCUCGCUCGAUGGAAAGCACGCCAGCGUGACCGAAGUGUUUGAUACUUUUGGAAAUAACCAACAGGCCUCAGCAGUGAACAAAGCUCUUCUCCUGCUCGCAUCAGCAUUUCCUAUCAUCACCAAGAUCCCCACCAAGCGGAGGAAUCUGAUGAAGAAACUUAGUAUAACCAUGGGAGAAAUAUCUAAUGACCUAUUGAUUCGCAGCCGCCGGGAGAAGGACUCUGUGAAUAUGAGCAGGAGAGAGGAGGAGAAGUCUAUCAUCGGAUUGUUGAUUAAAUCAGAAGGCCAGGAUGCCGAGCUUCGUAUGUCGAAGGAGGAAGUGGUGGCUCAGAUGAAGGUCUUGCUUGUCGCGGGUUAUGAGACAAUAUCCAUCAGUCUUACGUGGGCGCUGAUCGAGCUAUCGCGACACCCCGAUGUCCAAACCAGCCUCAGAGAGGAACUGCUUGCGUUUGGCGCCGAUCCGACAUAUGACCAGUUAAAGGCCAGUCUCCCGUACUUGGAUGCGGUUGUCCAUGAAAUUCUACGACUCCAUCCUCCGGUGGGAGAGUUCAUUCGUCUUGCAGCGGCAGACGACGUUAUUCCCUUGAGUGAACCUGUACGCACGAUAUCCGGGGAAAUGACGGACAGCAUAUCGAUAGGGAAAGGGACAUUGAUCACGAUAUCAGGCGCGGCGAUCAAUCGCUCUUCGGCCAUCUGGGGACCUGACGCAAAGGAAUUCAAGCCUGAUCGUUGGCUGACUGAAGACGGGAUCAGUGGGAAGGCAAAGGAAGUUCAAGGUCAUAGGCAUCUACUGACAUUUGUCGACGGCCCAAGGACGUGUCUUGGAAAGGAUUUUGCGAUCACGGAAUUCAAGACGGUUUUAUCGGUUCUGGUGAAGAACUUCGUGUUUGAAAUGCGGGAUGGACUUGAUACUCCAGUCGAAAUUGCGAGGGGGAUUUUUCCCCGUCCACGGGUUGUUGGAGAGGAUGGUAUUGGAGUGCCUUUGAGAGUUCGUCGGUAUGAAUGAUUGGUUGCACUGCACUAGCAAGUUUUCUUUGUUUUUCCGUCACUUAUUCCCGACUGGAACUGUUGUAUUUAAAUCAAAAGAGGAAUGUGUACUUGUAAUAUGGGCACCGUAUAGCUAUACGCGUCGCGCGAUGAACUUGAAUUCGGCUGGUGACGGG